AUGGUCAAAUCCAGCGACCGCAGCGCCGCCGAGGUGAAGCGCGUGAACCAGCAGCUGGAGGAGCGCCACUACGAGUUCCGCUCCAAUUGCAACGACGGCGACGGAGACGCCAGCGCGUGCCACAGCUGGGGCGAGUGGCUGGCGGUCGUGGACAAGAACUACGACGAUGCAGCCAAGAUGUACGAGCUCAACUGCUCCAAGAACAGCUACCCGGCCUCCUGCUUCAACCUCGGACGCCUGAAGCUUGCUGGCAAGGGCUCAGCGCAGGAUGAUCCCGAGGCGUUCAAGCUUUUCGAGAAAUCGUGUGGGGAUGGCCAUGCUGCUGCCUGUCACCACGUCGGAUUCAUGCGUAUGCAGGGCAUUGGCUGCGACAAGGACGUUGCUAAGGGUCUGGCGGCUUUCAAGGAAGCGUGCGAGCGUGACGACGCCAACAGUUGCAACCGUGUGGCGACCAUGUACCUGUCGCCGGGACUGGGUAGUCCCAUUAAGCGCGAUAUCCUGCAGGCGAAGACGUAUCUGGAGAGGGCCUGCGACGCCAACUUCGCCCCUGCGUGCCACAACCUGGCUGUCAUGUACAAGAAGGGCGACGAAAGCAUCCCCAAGGAUGAGGCCAAGUACAAGGAGUACCGUGCCAAGACGGAGAAGCUCAUCGAGCAGGCGGGUGGCAUGUCCGGCAUCAAGUCGGCUUAA